AUGUCCAGAGCAGUCCUCAUCACCGGCGCCACCGGCAAACAGGGUGGCUCGGUCGUCAACGCCCUCCUGCGCGCCAACGCCGACUUUCAGAUUCUUGCCCUGACGCGCGACGCCGCCGGUGCCUCCGCCCAGCGACUUCUACAGAAGUCCCCGAAGAUCAAGCUGGUCGUCGGCAACAUGGACGCCGCCGAAGACAUUUUCGCAAAGGCACAGGAGGCGUCGAGUUUGCCGAUAUGGGGCGUCUUUAGCGUUCAGACCGCGAUCGGAAACGGCGCCAGUGCACAGUCUGAAGAGCGCCAGGGCAAGGCGCUCAUCGACGCGGCCCUCAAAUUCGGCGUCAAACAUUUCGUCUAUUCGUCCGUCGACCGCGGCGGGCCUGCUCGAUCGGACAAGGAUCCCACCACCGUCCCCCACUUCAUCAGCAAGUACAACAUCGAAAAACACCUCUUCGAAAAGACCAAGAGCAGACAGAACACAGACGUGGGAAUGAACUGGACGGUCCUCCGGCCCGUGGCCUUUUUCGAGAACCUCGUGCCAGGCUUUCUCGGCAAAGUCUUCGCGUCGAGCUGGGCCCGCAGCCUGGACAAGGGCCAAAAACUCCAGCUGAUCGCGACCAGCGACAUUGGCUUCUUCGCCGCCGAGGCCUUCCUCAAGCCCGAGCGCUACACGAACGCCAAACUCUCGCUGGCCGGCGACGAGUUGACCUAUGACCAGUUCCGCACCGUCUUUCAGCAGACCCUUGGUUAUUCGCUGCCCACCACCUUCUCCUUCGUGGCCGGCCUGGUGAAUUGGAUGGUCAAGGACCUGGGCCUCAUGUUCCGCUGGUUCCACGACGUCGGAUACGGCGCCGAUAUCGCCGCCUUGAAGCAGAUCAACCCGGGCUUGAAGGACUUUCGCACCUGGUUGGAAACGGAGAGUCAGUUCAAGAAAUCGUGA